AUGUCGACGCAAUCAUAUUACAAGGACCGGCUCGGGUUCGAUCCGCGGGAGGCCCUGUACGACAACAAUAAUGGCGAGGUCCAGGGCGGCUACGAGGAUGCACUGACACAGUUUAAAGAUGAGCGAGAUGCCAUACAGAAGAAAACUUUCACAAAGUGGGUCAACAAACAUCUGAAAAAGGCCUCCCGUCGUGUCGAUGACCUGUUCGAAGAUCUGCGCGAUGGACACAAUCUUCUUUCCCUCUUGGAAGUAUUAUCUGGCGAACAUCUUCCAAGGGAGAAAGGAAAAAUGCGCUUCCACAUGCUGCAGAACGCUCAGAUGGCGCUGGAUUUUCUGCGGUACAAAAAGAUCAAAUUAGUCAACAUUCGUGCGGAGGACAUCGUAGACGGCAACCCGAAGCUAACACUCGGUCUGAUAUGGACCAUCAUUCUGCACUUCCAGAUUUCCGACAUUGUCGUUGGACAAGAGGACAAUCUUACCGCCCGAGAGGCACUGCUCCGUUGGGCCCGCCGUUCGACAGCCAAAUACCCGGGCGUACGGGUAAACGACUUCACCGCAUCAUGGCGCGACGGUUUAGCAUUCUCAGCGCUCAUCCACCGGAAUCGACCCGAUCUGAUCGACUGGCGAGAAUCACGAUCGCGUCGACCGAGGGAACGGCUCGAGGUUGCUUUCCACGUGGUCGAAAAGGAGUACGGCGUAACGCGGUUGCUGGAUCCCGAAGACGUCGACACAAACGAGCCGGAUGAGAAGUCCAUGAUAACCUACUUGAGCUCAUUGUACGAUGUGUUCCCGGAACCGCCACAGAUGCAUCCACUGUUCGACAUGGAUUCACAGCGACGCGUGCAGGAGUAUCGCGAACAGGCCCAGCAGCUACUGUACUGGUGCCGCGAAAAGACCUCACUCCUUCAGGAGCGCGCCUUUCCGACCACGCUGAUCGAGCUGAAACGAUUGCUCACCGACCUGAAUCGAUUCCGCACCGAAGAGGUACCACCGCGGCAGCGUGACAAGCAGCACCUGUUCUCGAUCUACAAGGAGCUGGAGAAGUAUUUCGAAUCGAUCGGUGAGGUGGAUGUAGAAACUGAGCUCCGUCCAGAAGCGCUCGAAAAGGCCUGGCAUCGGUUGAUGUCGGCGCUGGCCGAUCGGGACAUGAUACUGCAGCAGGAAGUGCAGCGGCUCGAGCGGCUGCAGAAGAUUGCCGAAAAGGUGCAGCGCGAGUACAAGCAUACGGAGACGAUUAUCACGAAGAUCGAAACGCGAAUCUCAGAGGAAAGUCGCCGCAUCGAACGCUUGCAUCCGGUCGAGGCGAAGAACAUCGUCGAGGGGCUCGAUGGGGACAUUCGGCAUUUAGAACAACCGUUGCAGGAGAUGAAUGAUGAUUGUCACAACCUGAAGGAUGGUCGCUAUCCGCAGGCCAGCGAUCUUCACAAGAAAGUCACCAAGCUACACCAACGUUGGUCCCAGCUAAGGACUACAUUCCAUACUAGCCUAGUACAAAAACUGUCCGGUCUGAGCUAUCCGGUGCAAGAGACGACGAUAACGAAGCAAACGCGCGUCGUAACGGAAACGCGACAGAUCGGUACCAAUCCUUACUUCCGGGAUGUGCAAGAAUACACUGAAUGGUGCCAAUCGAAACUGAAACAACUGCAUACCUCCGACUACGGUUCUGACCUUCCGUCCGCUAAAGUGGAACUAGAGCGCCAUCAGCACGAGCACAAAGUGAUCGACCAGUUCCACUCUAAAAUAGCACAGUGCGAACGGCACGCGUCAAACUUCACGGGUGAGGAGCUACAGCUGUACCGGCAGCGAUUGAGCCAGCUGCAGAAGGUGUAUGCCGAGCUGCUGAGCACCUCAACCAAGCGAUUGUCAGAUCUUGAUGCGCUCGUGGAUUUCCUGGCUACCGCUACGGCUGAACUGAGCUGGUUGAACGAUCGCGAACAGAUCGAAGUUAGUCGCGAUUGGGCAGAUAAAAACCUAGACCUAUCGGCGGUCCAUCGGUACUAUGAGAACCUCAUGUCCGAGCUGGAGAAACGCGAAAUGCACUUCGCCACCAUCCUGGACCGUGGGGAAGCGCUGCUCGUCCAGUCGCAUCCUGCGUCCAAGUGUAUUGAGGGUCAUCUGCAGGCGCUGCAGUCGCAGUGGUCGUGGCUAUUGCAGCUAACACUCUGCCUGGAAGUGCAUCUGAAGCAUGCUACCGAUUACCAUUCGUUCUUCGACGAGGUACGCGAAGCGGAGAACUGGCUGACUAAGCGUGAUGAAAUUCUGAACAGCAAGUACUCGCAGUCAGAGUUCACGCUCGAUCAGGGCGAAUCACUGCUGCGAGGCAUGCAGGAUAUCCGCGAGGAGCUGAACGCGUUCGGUGAAACGAUUGCUCAGCUGCAACACCAAGCAACCGCGAUCGUGCCAUUGAAACAGCGCAAACAACCAGUCAACCGGCAGUGCACGGUGCAAUCGAUCUGCUCGUACAAGCAGGGUAACAUUUCCCUAGACAAAAACGAAAGCUGCACCCUGCUGGAUACGUCGGGACGCGUGAAAUGGCGUGUGAAAACAUCUAAAGGCGUCGAAGGUUCCGUCCAUGGUGUGUGCCUACUGUUACCGCCACCAGAUCAGGAAGCGAUUGAAGCGGCCGAACGGCUGAAGCGAUUGUUUGACCGCUCGGUGGCCCUGUGGCAGAAGAAGCAGCUCCGCCUACGGCAAAACAUGAUCUUCGCCACAAUCAAGGUCGUGAAGGGUUGGGACUUUGAACAGUUCCUCGCGAUGGGUGCUGAACAGCGGACGGCCAUCCGACGAGCACUGAACGAUGAUGCGGAUAAGUUGCUAGCGGAAGGUGAUCCAGCUGAUCCACAACUUCGUCGAUUGCGUCGCGAGAUGGACGAAGUGAAUCGGCUGUUUGAUGAAUUCGAGAAACGUGCCAGAGCAGAAGAGGAGAGUAAACAGGCAAGCCGUAUCUUUACUGAACAAUGCAUUUCGCUGAAGACACGCCUGGAGGAGAUGGCCCGCGAGCUGGACCAUAUCAUCCUGUCACCGAUGCCACGCGAUCUAGACUCGCUCGAACAUACAGUCCAGAUACUGGAAGACUACAAGCGUCGCCUUGGUGGACUGGAACCCGAUCUAAAGCAUCUGCAGGAAACGUUCCGCACCAUUACGUUGAAGACACCGGCACUGAAAAAGAGCCUUGACAAUCUGAUGGACCUGUGGAAGGAGUUGAACACUCAAGCGGGUCUGCAUGGCGAUCGAUUGAAGCUUCUUGAAGGUGCUCUAGCUGGUCUGGAAGACAAUGAGCAGGUUAUUUCCGAUUUGGAAAGCAAACUGUCUCGUCAGUUAGAACUUCCAUCAACGCAGGAAGGGCUGUAUGAAGUGUACAAACGGUUGACCGCUAUUCAGGAAACUAUUUCAAGCCAACAACCCGAAAUGGACAAAAUGAAUGAUUCGGCGGACCAGCUUGGCCGUAUGGGCGUACCAACGAAAGUGCUAGGCGACCUAAAACGCCUACACUCCAACGUGGAACGGUUGAACUCGCGAUGGAACAACAUCUGCGGACAAUUGGCAGAGCGCAUGCGCAGUGUUGAGACGGCAAUCGGAUUGAUGAAAAACCUGCAAACCAGCAUUGUCGUGGAGGAGACUUGGGUGGAGAAACAGACGGAGAAGCUGCAGGCUCUUCCGACGGCAACUUCCGCGCGAGAGCUCGAUCAAGCAGUGAUCGAGAAAUUCGCUCUCUGUGAGGACCACCUGGCCAAGCUCCUGGAAUGGAUAACUCGUGUCGAGCAAGACAUUGCCGCUGUGGGAGGACCCAAAGAACGUGUCGACGAUCUGCGCAAUCAGAUCAACUCGCUGAAGCAAAUCAAGGAAGACAUCGAUGGACAGAGCCGUCCAGUUGCUUCCUGCUUGGAUCAAGUCCGUCAGCUUGUACUGACCGGUGGGGAUGUGCUAAGUGCACCCGAGGUAGCCGCUCUCGAGACGUCUGGCCGUGAGCUUCGCGCACGUGUCGAUAAGGCGCAGGAUCGUACCGGCAAAUUGUUGCGUCGCUUGGGAGCUGCUCGUGAUGAGCUCGGUAAACUGCGCACCGAAUUGGAUACCUUCUCCAGCUGGUUGCAGUCGUCGCGCCGCACACUGGAGGAUAAGGAGAGCACCCUGUCCGAUUUGCACAACUUACCGUCGCAGGCAGACACGGUGAAGGAGUUCCACAGUGACGUGAUCGCACACCAAGCCGAUCUACGCUUCAUCACGAUGUCGGCGCAGAAGUUUGUCGACGAGUGCAAGGACUAUCUGGGUGUGCUGAAUGAUUUCCGUACUACGCUACCGGACCGUUUGCCACACAUUGAGCAAAUAUCAAGCUCGGAUAGCCCGAUACGUCAGGAGGUUUCGCUCGUGACGGCACAGUAUCGCGAUUUGUUGAACCGUGCCAAUGCCCUGUUGGAUCGUCUGGCUGGGCUUGGCAACCGUCAACGGGACUAUCAGGAGUCGUUGGAAAAGGUGCGCAGUUGGUUGCGUGAUGUACAGCCACGCGUGAGCAGUGUGCUUUCGGAUCCAAUCGCCGCCGAUCCGCAAUCCGUACAGGAUCAAAUGAAUCAGACAAAGGCACUGCAGAGUGAGUUCCUCUCGCAAGGACGAUUGCUCGAUAACGUGCAGCACUGUCUAGAUGCCCUGCUGAAGUCAUUGGCCGGACGGUUGAGCCCAUCCGAAGUGUCUGCUCUAGAGAUUCCGGUAGAGGAGGUGAAGGAUAAAUACAGCCAACUGUUGGAAGCUCUGGGCGAUCGUUCGAAGCUGUUGGAUACCGCUUUGGUGCAAUCGCAAGGUGUACAGGACGCCUUGGAUGGUCUUGCGGUAUGGAUUAAUCAAUCGGAAGAGAAAUUCAAGCUGCAGAACCGACCAGCAUCCUUGAUAAAGGAUCGCCUGAACGAGCAGGUGCGCGAACAUCGCGGACUAUUAAACGAUUUGGAAUCGCAUCGUACGAGUCUGGAAAGUGUAACCCUUUCGGCGCAAGAGUUGAUGGCUACCCCAUCAAAUACGCGUCUUGCCAAGCGCAUCGAGAGCAACCUUAGCGAUGUAACGGGACGCUUCGAGAAGCUGCUCGAUAAGGCACUGAAGCGCGGUGAAUUCCUUGAGGACACUCUAUCGCAGCUGUCGAAAUUCUUGAACGAUUCGUCCAACCUGGAACAAGAAUUGACGGCCCUGAACGAUGCGCUAGAAGGACGUGAACUUGUAUCGCUUCCGGCAGAAGUACUUGCCCAGCGUAUGGUGGAAUUAUCACGCCUGAAGGAAGAUCUACGUCCGCAAUACGAAGCUACUGUCCGGCUCGGCAAGGAUCUCAUCGCUAAGCGCGACGUGACCGAUACGGGAGUAGUACGCGAUCUGGUGAAGGUACUGGAGAACCUCUGGAAGACAAUGGACACGAAGCUGGAUGAGAAGUUAAAGUUGUCAAAGCAGAAGGCCGAACAGUUGCAUGCUUACGAAAAUUUGAAGGAUCAAGUGCUCGUGUGGCUUUCGAGCAUCGAAACGAGAACGAACAAUCUCGCACCGGUCGCUGUAGAUGUGGAUGCGAUCAAAUACCAGAUCGAGGAAGUUCGUCCACUUGUCAAGGAGCAUCGUGAAUACGGUGCAACAAUUGAUCGUGUGAACGAUCUUGGUGCACAGUAUGAUGCGUUGAUCCGUCCGGACAGUCCAACGCGCAAGCGUUCGGUGUACAGUCCCAUUAAGCGUUCUAACGUUAGCCCGAUGCGACGACUUUCGGGAGAUGCACGCUCUCCAAGCCCAACCAAGGGUGGACCAUCACCACUAUCGCCCGCGAGCGGAUCGAGCGGAUUUGGUAGUCGGCGAUCGUCGCAAGACGGUUUCCAGCUAACCGAUCUGACACCGAUUCAACAGCAGCUUACGGAAAUCAACAACCGCUAUAGUUUGGUUGGAGCUCGACUGAAUGAUCGGCAAAAUGAGUUGGAUUCGGUGCGCGACGAGGUUCGCAAGCAUCAGGAUAACCUGAAGACACUGGCUAGCUUCCUCGAUAAAAUCCAUCGGCAGGUGCCACGUGAUGUUAUCGGAAACAAAGAGGAAGCCGAUCGCUGUAACAAGCAGGCUCGUAAAAUUCUCGAGGAAAUGUAUGAGAGGCAAAGCCUGCUCGACUCGACGAAGGCGCAAGUGAAGGAUCUGUUGAAGCGUAAACCGGACGUGCAGGGGGCUGAGCGCCUGCGUUCUGAGUUGGAUGCGGUUGCUGAUCGCUGGAAGAACCUGAACGAUCUGUGCAAGGAUCGUAUUACUUUCUCCGAACAUCUGCGUGAUUUCCUCGAUACCCAUGACAACCUAAACACUUGGCUGGCCGCGAAGGAACGUAUGUUGACCGUGCUUGGCCCGAUCUCAUCGGAUCCACGUAUGGUGCAGAGUCAGGUUCAGCAAGUGCAGGUACUGCGUGAAGAGUUCCGUGGACAACAGCCUCAGCUUAACCACUUGCAAGAGGUCGGAAGCGCCGUGUUGGAGCAAUUGCGCGAAUCAUCGCCCGAAGGACAGGCCGUCUCAACGAAGCUGCGUAACGUUCAGAAGAAAUGGGAUGAACUCGUGGCCCGAUUAGACGAGCGAGCUCAAAGCCUUGGUGCUGCUGCGGACAGUUCGAAGGAGUUCGAUGCCGGAUUGAACCGCUUGCGCGAGGCAUUGCAAACGAUAAGCGAUAAUCUCGAUGCAUUGCCAACGGAUCGUGACCAUCAAGAGACGUUGCGUAAGAUCGAGAACCUCGAGCGUCAGCUAGAGGGUCAGCGACCGCUUUUGGCCGAUUCGGAAGCGGCAGCCGAAACGCUUUGCCGUGUGCUGAGCGAUCCGGUGUCACGUGCGGACGUUAAUGCACGUGUAUCAGCGGUCGGUAAGCAGUAUCAGACUCUGCAGAAGAAGCUCGAUAUGCGCAAGGCUGAGACAGAUGCGGCACUACGCGACGGACGCCAGUUUGCUGAGACUUGCGCUAAGACGUUGGGAUGGUUGUCGGGAGAGUUGGGCAACUUGACUGAUCGCUUACUUGUUUCGGCACACCGACCAACGCUGCAACAUCAGAUCGAUACGCACGAACCCGUGUAUCGUGAGGUGAUGGGCCGAGAGCAUGAAGUUAUCAUGCUAUUAAACAAGGGACGUGACCUGCAGGAUAAGCCUGGCCAGACAACCGAUCGCGCUAUGCAACGCGACUUGGAGAAGAUUGCGCAGCAGUGGGACCGACUUCGUUCGGCGGCAGUCGAUCGUCAUUCGCGUCUACAGACGUGCAUGGAGCACUGCAAGAAGCAUGCUGCGGCAUCGGAAACAUUCUUGUCGUGGUUGCGCGGUGCAGAGGACAAACUGUCCAUGCUCAAACCUGGUCUGUUGAAGAAGCAGCAGCUUGAUCAGCAGCUACGCGACCUGCAGACUUUCCGCAGUGACGUGUGGAAGCGCUCCGGAGAAUAUGAGACUUGCCGCACCCUUGGUGAAACGUUCAUUGGUGCAUGUGAUGUCGAUAAGGAGGCAAUCAAAGCAGAGCUCCAGGAUAUGAAGGAUCGCUGGGAACGGUUGAACAAUGAGCUGCUGGCCCGCGCACAAACCUUGGAAACAUGUGCCAAACGGUUGGGUGACUUCAAUGAAGAGUUGCGCGAUCUCGAUCACGCUGUCGGUCGCUGUGAGGAUCGUCUUGCAGCGCACGACGCACUGGGCGGCGCAGCCAAAGAUCCGAAACUAUUGGAACGCGUACGUGCCAUCAAGGAUGAUGCUACCACGCUUCGCAAACCCCUUCAAUCGGUGCGCAAAUUGGCCGGCGAAAUUGCAGGAGAAGCGCGUGCCGCUGGAGGAGAUGCUGAUCAUCUAAAAUCGGAAGUGGACGGUAUUUCGGAUCGAAUCGAAGAUCUUCAUGCACGGCUGGACGAUCGGUGUGGUGAGCUGCAAUCGGCAGCUACUGCAGUGUCACAGUUCAACGAUAAGGUGAAACUGCUUGGUGUUGAUUUGAAUGAUCUGGAGCAACAGGUUGAUUCGCUACAUCCACCCGCACGCGAGAUCAAGGUCGUGUUGAAUCAAUUGGAUGAGGUUACCGGUAUUCUCAACAAGAUCGAUCGUGUAGCGUCGCACGUCAGCGAAGUGGAGCGUGCCGGUGAGCAGCUCGUGGACUGUGGCUUUGCUCCCGAUACUGCCCAAACGCGUGAUCAGAUCGGAACGCUGCGCAAACAGCUCGGUCGUUUGGAGAAUCGUGCUCGCGACCAUGAUGACGCUCUUCAACGCGCUUUGAAAGCCUUGGAGAAAUUCUACGACCUGCAUCAGCACACUCAGGAAGAUCUUGGUGAAGUAGGUGACCAGUUGAAGAAGAUGAAGCCAGUCAGUUCGGAGCUGGAACAGAUUCGCCAUCAGCAGGAAGACUUACGUCGAUUCCGGCAACGCGUGGUAGAACCACUAACGGGCAAGAUUGAGGAACUGAACCGCUUGGGACAAGACUUGAUUCGCUCAGCUCAGGGUGGUGUACCAACCACCGCUCUUGAAAAGGACCUAGAGAAGAUCAACGAUCGCUGGAACGAACUGAAGGAAAAGCUAAACGAACGCGAACGUCGUCUCGACGUAGGUUUGUUGCAGUCUGGAAAGUUCCAAGAAGCACUCGAUGGUCUGUCGGAGUGGUUGAAGGUCACGGAAGAGAUGGUUGCCAACCAGAAACCGCCGUCAGCUGACUAUAAGGUUGUAAAAGCACAACUUGCAGACCAGCCGUUCCUCAUGAAGAUGCUGUCCGACCGUCAAGAAACGAUGGCUUCAUUGUUCGAGCUCGGACAGGAAGUAGCCGCUGGAUGUGAUGCAUCCGAGAAGGCCGCCAUCGAACGGCAGCUGAAGGAAUUGAUGCGUCGUUUGGACGAUCUUACCGAUGCUGCCCAGCGUCGUACACACGAUCUGGAGCAGGCAAUGCAUGUGGCGAAACAAUUCCAGGAUCAGCUGAUACCGUUGACGAAGUGGUUGGAUGGUGCAGAACGUGCCGUCAAAGCGAUGGAAUUGGUGCCCACAGAUGAGGAGAAGAUCCAGGCGCGCAUCCGGGAACAUGAGCAGUUGCACGAUGAAAUUCUAUCGAAGAAACCCGACUUUACCGAGUUGGCGGAUAUUGCCGCCCAGUUGAUGGAGUUGGUGGGUGACGAUGAAGCGGUUACACUGAGCGAAAAGGUGAAAAAUACUACCGACCGGUACACGGAUCUGGUGGUGGCUAGUGAAAACAUUGGUCACAUACUGAACGAGUCUCGACAGGGAUUGCGCCACCUGGUGCUCACUUAUCAGGAUCUAGUUUCGUGGAUGGAGAAGACCGAAAACAAGUUGCAACGUUUCAAGAUCAUUCCGGUUCACACGGAGAAAUUGCUCGAACAGAUGGAUGCGUUGGUGGUGCUGAACGAAGAAAUUGCUAGCCGCUCACCGAACGUUGAAUCGACGGUAGAGGCUGGGUCGGAGUUGAUGAAGCACAUUUCCUCAGACGAAGCCUUGCAAUUGAAGGAUAAGCUCGAUUCGCUCCAGCGUCGCUACGGCGAACUAACAACGAAGGGUGGAGAUCUGCUCAAGCACGCUCAGGAUGCGCUUCCGCUGGUGCAACAAUUCCACGACAGCCAUAUGCGUUUGGUCAACUGGAUGCAGGCUGCUGAAUCCUCUCUCGCUACGGGCGAUGCUAACGAGAAUGACAUUGCCAGGCUGGAAGCCGAACUGACCGACAUUCGCCCGCUCCUGGAACAGGUGAACUCGAUCGGACCUCAGCUUUGUCAGAUUUCGCCUGGAGAGGGUGCGUCCACAAUUGAAGGUAUCGUGACAAGAGAUAACCGUCGCUUUGAGGCAAUCGUCGAACAGAUUCAACGUAAAGCAGAGCGCUUGCAUCUGAGCAAACAACGCUCGAACGAGGUAACGGCCGACAUCGAUGAACUGUUGGAAUGGUUCCGCGACAUGGAUGCCACGCUGCGUGAUGCAGAUCCUCCUGCAAUGACUCCGAAGCUGGUGCGAACCCAACUACAAGAGCACCGUUCGAUCAACGACGAUAUCUCCAGCCAGAAGGGUCGUGUGCGUGAUGUUACCGCAGCGGCUAAGAAGGUCCUGCGCGAAUCGCAACCCAAUGACAACACGAUUGCAUUGCGCGAGAAACUAGAGGAUCUGAAGGAGGUGGUCGAAACGGUGGCUGCUCUAUGCGCGAACCGUCUCUCGGUGCUCGAGCAAGCCUUGCCUCUGUCGGAACACUUUGCCGACUCGCACACUGGACUCGCGACAUGGUUAAACGACAUGGAACAUCAAAUCUCGAUGCUAUCGAUGCCAGCAUUGCGUCCGGAUCAGAUCGCUAUUCAGCAGGAUAAGAACGAACGGUUAACACAGUCGAUCGCUGAGCAUAAGCCGUUGCUGGAUAAGCUGAACAAAACUGGAGAGGCAUUGAUGGCACUGGUAGCCGAUGAUGAUGCGGCCAAGAUUGGCGAGAUUUUGGACUCAGAUAACGCCAGAUAUGCCGCCCUUCGAACCGAGCUGCGUGAUCGACAAAACGCGCUCGAUCAAGCGCUGCAGGAAUCAAGCCAAUUCUCGGACAAGCUGGAAGGUAUGUUACGUGCGCUACAGAACACGGCCGAACAGGCCAACCAGGCCGAUCCGAUCUCUGCCCAUCCGCCCAAGAUACGCGAUCAAAUCGACGAAAAUGUUGCCCUGGUACAGGACAUCGAUAAACGUGGUGAAGCAUUUGCCGCAGUGCAACGUGCCGCUAGUGAUGUCAUCUCGAAGGCUACCAAUCAGUCCGAUCCAGCGGUGCGCGAUAUCAAGAAGAAGCUGGACAAGUUGAACGCUCUGUGGGGCGAUCUGCAGAAGACGACGUCGAAACGGGGUGCUGCAUUGAACGACACGCUCGCCGUCGCCGAGAAGUUCUGGAAGGAAAUGCAAGCUGUGAUGGAGACGUUGAAGGAACUGCAGGAUGCACUCCAAACGCAGGAACCACCAGCGGCACAACCGCAGGCCAUCCAGAAGCAGCAGGUUGCACUGCAGGAGAUACGGCAGGAGAUCGACCAAACCAAACCGGAGGUCGAGCAGGUGCGUCGUACGGGCAGCAAUCUUAUGUCGCUGUGCGGUGAACCGGACAAGCCGGAGGUAAAGAAACACAUCGAGGACUUGGACCAUGCGUGGGACAACAUUACGGCGCUGUACGCUAAGCGCGAGGAGAACCUUAUCGAUGCCAUGGAGAAGGCAAUGGAGUUCCACGAGACACUGCAGAACCUGCUGAACUUCUUGGCCCGUGCCGAAGAUCGGUUCCAGAAACUUGGACCGCUCGGUUCGGACAUUGAAGCUGUGAAGAAGCAGAUCGAACAGCUGAAGCACUUCAAGGACGACGUCGAUCCCCACAUGGUGGAAGUUGAGGCAUUGAACCGACAAGCGGUGGAGCUGACGGAACGUACUUCUGCCGAGCAGGCCGGUGCCAUACGUGAGCCACUGAAUGCCGUCAAUCGACGAUGGGAGAAUCUCCUGCGCGGUAUGGUCGAGCGUCAGAAGCAGCUGGAACAUGCCCUGCUACAUCUCGGACAGUUCCAACAUGCGUUGAAUGAGCUGCUCGUGUGGAUCAACAAAACCGACGCAAACUUGGACGAGUUGAAACCGAUUCCAGGCGAUCCGCAACUUUUGGAAGUUGAGCUUGCGAAGCUGAAGGUGUUGGCAAAUGACAUUCAUGCUCACCAGAGUUCGGUGGACACGCUGAACGAUGCGGGACGCAAGCUGAUCGAGAACGAUCGUGGUUCGCAGGAGGCAUCCACUACACAGGAUAAACUUCAGCAGCUGAACAAGCAAUGGCGCGAUUUGCUGCAAAAGGCAGCCGACCGCCAGCACGAGCUGGAGGAAUCAUUGCGUGAAGCGCAGGCGUUUACGGCCGAGAUUCAGGAUCUGCUGGGAUGGCUGGGUGACGUUGAUGCCGUGAUCAGUGCGAGCAAACCGGUUGGUGGUUUGCCGGAGACAGCGUCCGAGCAGCUCGAACGAUUCAUGGAAGUUUACAACGAGCUGGAAGAAAACCGUGCCAAGGUGGAAACGCUGAUCGCUCAGGGACAAGAGUACGUGCGCAAGCAGACGCAGCUGCAAGUAUCUGCCAGCAAUCUGCAACAUACGCUGCGUACAUUGAAGCAACGUUGGGAUGCAGUUGUUUCGCGUGCAUCAGACAAGAAGAUCAAGCUGGAAAUUGCACUCAAAGAAGCAACCGAAUUCCACGACGCUUUGCAAGCGUUCGUCGAAUGGUUGACACAGGCCGAGAAGCAACUGUCGAGCGCUUCGGCAGUUUCGCGCGUUUUGGAAAUGAUUCAACAGCAGAUGGAGGAGCACAAGGUGCUGCAGAAAGAUGUGUCCAUCCACCGGGAAUCGAUGCUGCUGCUGGACAAGAAGGGCACUCAUUUGAAGUACUUCAGUCAGAAGCAGGACGUCAUUCUGAUCAAGAAUUUGCUCGUUUCCGUACAACAUCGCUGGGAGCGCGUAGUUGCAAAGGCCGCCGAGCGUACGCGUGCGCUCGACCAUGGCUACAAAGAGGCCCGUGAGUUCCACGAUGCUUGGGUACAGCUGACCGGCUGGUUGAAGGAGACGGAGAAAACUCUCGACACGCUGGCCGAGGAAACAAGCAACGAUGCAGUGAAAAUCAAGAAGCAUCUUGAGAAGCUUCGUGAGAUCCAGCGCAAUUUGCAGUCGAAGGAAAGCUUCUACGAUAGCACGAUGCGCAACGGUAAGGGUUUGAUGGAUCGUGCACCGAAAUCGGACGAACCGGUGCUGUCGAAGAUGAUGAGCGAGCUGAAGGAUUCGUGGAAGCGCGUAUGCCAGAAGAGUGUUGAGCGGCAGCGCAAGUUUGAGGAGGCACUGCUGCUUUCCGGACAGUUUGCCGAUGCGCUGCAGGCCCUUCUCGACUGGUUGCGCAAGACAAAAGCGCGCCUGGCCGAAGAUGGACCGGUGCACGGAGAUCUCGACACAGUAACUACGCUUGUUGAGCACCAUCGUCAACUGGAAUCAGACCUGGACAAACGUUCGGCGCAGAUGCAAAGUGUGAUGAAGACUGGGUUGGAGCUGGAACGGUCCGAUGAGUCACGAGAAACUAGCAAAAAUCUUAAGGAAAUGCAACGACUAUGGGAUGACGUACAGGAUCUGAGCAGCCGGCGCAAGAGCAGGUUGGAUGUAGCUCUGAAGGAAGCGGAACGACUACACAAGUCUGUGCACAUGCUGCUAGAGUGGCUGUCGGAAGCGGAGCAGAAGCUUCGGUUUGCAGCCGCCGCACCGGAUGAUGAGUCACAGGCGAAGGAUCUGCUCGAUAUCCAUGCCAAGUUCAUGAAGGAACUCCGCGAGAAAGAAUACGACAAAGAGGAUACGAUUGGGCUGGCCAACAGUAUCCUGGGAAAGGCUCAUCCCGAUGCGAUACCCAUCAUCAAGAACUGGAUUUCCAUCAUACAGUCACGCUGGGACGAAAUCUCUCAAUGGGCCAUCAGUCGACAGACCAAGCUGGAGCAACAUUUGAAGGAUCUCCAAGAUUUGGACGAUUCGAUCGAAGAGUUGCUGGCUUGGUUGGCUGGAUUGGAAGCAACGCUGCUAAAUCUCGAAGCGGAACCACUGCCAGAUGAAAUUCCACCACUGGAGGUGCUGAUUGCGGACCACAAGGAAUUCAUGGAAAAUACUGCACGCCGCCAGGGUGAGGUUGAUCGUGCUUGCAAACCACGACAACCACCCCCAGGCCUCAAAGAAACACGUAAACCUUCCCGCGGUGUACUAAAGACACCAAUCUUUAAGGGAUCGCGUGAUCAAGGCCUGAAUUCACGUCGCACAAGCCGCGUGAGUCCUGGACGUGAAACGCAAACACCGGAACGUGAUCGGUUGCCACAUUAUGGGCCACGGUUUUCGCCAAGCAAUCAAGCGGAUACGGAGCUCCGAUCGCCACGUGCCAAACUGCUGUGGGAGAAGUGGCGCUACGUGUGGAUGAUGGCGUGGGAACGUCAGCGCCGUCUGCACGACCACAUGCUCUACCUGCAGGAUGUGGAGCGCGUCCGGCAGUUCAGCUGGGAGGAGUGGCGUAAGCGUUUCCUCAAGUUCAUGAACCACAAGAAAUCGCGCCUGACGGAUCUGUUCCGCAAGAUGGACAAGGACAACAACGGUCUGAUACCGCGCGAAGUAUUCAUCGAUGGAAUUAUUGGCACAAAGUUCGAUACGUCCAAGCUGGAAAUGAGCGCCGUGGCCGAUCUGUUCGAUCGCAACGGUGAAGGGUUGAUCGAUUGGCAAGAGUUCAUCGCGGCGCUACGACCCGACUGGCAGGACCGCAAACCGAAGACUGAAGCGGACAAGAUACACGACGAGGUCAAACGGUUGGUGAUGCUGUGUACGUGUCGACAGAAGUUCCGCGUGUUCCAGGUCGGCGAAGGAAAAUAUCGGUUCGGUGACUCUCAGAAGCUACGCUUGGUGCGUAUUUUGAGAAGCACAGUCAUGGUGCGUGUCGGAGGUGGAUGGGUAGCACUUGACGAAUUCCUGGUCAAGAACGAUCCUUGCAGAGCCAAGGGACGCACAAACAUCGAACUACGUGAGCAGUUCAUACUGGCCGACGGUGUGUCGCAGUCGAUGGCCGCCUUUAAGCCGCGUAUGUCUGGCUCGGCCGGUUCCGGAUCGAAUCAAACCAGCUCGCCGAUACCAACACAAGGUCCUAUUGUGAAGGUACGCGAACGUUCGGCAAAGUCAAUUUCGAUGUCGAGACCAUCGCGCUCGUCCCUGUCCGCAUCGACACCGGAUUCACUCAGCGAUAAUGAGAGCGGAAUUGGAACGCCCGGACGUUUCCAGACGCCCAGCCGCAAAUCUUCAGUGCCAGUCAGUCGAUCUCAGAUGACACCGGGCGGUUCGAGGGCAAACUCGCGACCCAGUUCACGGCCGGCUAGCCGGGCCGGAUCGAAACCACCGUCCCGGCACGGAUCGACACUGUCGCUGGACAGCACGGACGACGCGACACCAUCGCGCAUUCCUACCCGUCGGCUUACGCAAACAUCGACACCGCGGCCAUCGCGCCUGUCAGUCGGAUCCGUUUCCGGCCGAACGGGAACCACCGCCACCACCACCAACGGUGUGUCAUCGCGAACGGCUUCCGGUGCAGCAUCACCUGCUCCGACGAGAAACGGUGGCAUGAGUCGAUCAUCCAGCAUACCAACACUAAUAGGAUUACCAAAUAGCAGAAAAACCAGCGGUGCAUCCACACCAUCCGGUAUGCAGACACCGCGCCGUACCUCGGUAGAGCCGGGCACGCCCGGUACCGUCCCGCAACGCCCGGAAAGCCGCAAUUCCCGUGGCACUACGCCGAGUGAAAAGCGGGCACCGUUCCGGCUGUAG